AUGUUACCGAGUCUUAUUGGAUUAGUGGCAACAUUAUGUGCUACAGCUACAGCCAUCGAUUGUUCUGCAAAAGAACUCAAGCCUUACAAUUUUGAAAGCAUUAAAGGUGUGCAUUCAGUAACCACAUUAAAAAAUACGCCUCCAUCUCAAACCAACGUAACUUGGAGUAUAGGAAUCUGUGAGCCUAUUAAUUCAAUUCCAGAUUGUCCAAAAAACUCAGAUAUCUGUGGAGUCACUUCGAUCAUCCUUAGUGAUAAGAAAGAUGAACCAAUAGUAUCCGAAAUUAUCGGAUUCAAUGCAAAUUGGGCCAAAACAUACAGUCCAUUUUCCAAGGAUGAUAAGAACUCUGACAACGAAGAAGGUAUCAAGAUAACAUACAAAGAUGUUAAUUGGGGCGAUUCAUUGAUAGAUGCGGAAUUAACAUUCAUUUGUGACAAAAAUGCCGGUGAGAAUGAAUUCAAAUUAAACAAAUGGGAUGGGGAUAAAUUAAGACUUACCAUGAGAUCUAAAGCUGCAUGUAUUACCAAUGAGAAAGAUAAGAAGAAACCAGAUAACGACAAUAAGAAACCUAAACAAGAUAACGGAGAAUCUUGGGGUUGGUUUACUUGGAUUUUUAUCUUUUUAGUUUUGUUCUUGAGUAUUUAUAUUGUUGGUGGAGCAUGGUUUCAAUAUAGUAAAGGUAAUGCCAUUGAUUUCCAAAGCGCAUUGAAGGAAGUACUGGAGAAUUUUAUAGAUUUAUUAAAAGGGUUACCAAGUUUUAUUAGAGAAAUAAUUGAAAAAUUCACAGGAAAUAGAAACAGGGGUGAAUAUAGUGCUGUUUAA